AUGGGCAUUUGCAGCUCGUGCGAGGCAAGCUCCGUGGCCACGGCCAAAUUGAUAAUGGACGAUGGGAGAUUACAAGAAUACCCUUACCCCGUCAAAGUUUCCUACGUGCUGCAGAAAAAUCCGGCCUACUUCAUAUGCAAUUCCGACGAUAUGGAUUUCGGCGACGUCGUCUCGGCGGUCAGCGACGACGAGGAGCUCCAGCCCGGACAAAUCUACUUCGCGCUACCGCUCAGCCGGCUGAGGUGCCGCCUCCGGGCGGAGGAGAUGGCGGCAUUGGCCGUGAAGGCGAGCUCGGCACUGACGAGGAGCGCCGGUUGCGGCGGGGAGAGGUGCGGAUGCCGACGGAAUAUGCUGGUGUUUCCCGGGGACGGAGGGGUGGGCCGGCGGCCGCGGAAGGCGGCUGAAGACGGCGGGGAUGUUGGGAGAGUUAGAUCUGUGAGUCAGAGGAGCGGCGGGCGGAGGGGGAAAACUCACGCGCGGUUGACCUCGAUACCGGAGUAG